AUGUCAGAGGAUGAGCGCAACACACCAGCACCAGGUUCUAGAGAUGGGUUUUACGCUUCCAGCACUAGAUUUGUUCUCCCACCAAGUAUUUUUCUACAUAAUUCUACGUCAGUUUCACCAAGUAGUGCACCUAGUACUUCCAAUGCCCAGCCAAGAAGUGCACCUAGUACUUCCAAUGUCCAGCCAAGAAGUGCACCUAGUACUUCCAAUUUCCAGCUAAGAAGUGCACCUAGUACUUCCAAUGUCCAGCCAAGAAGUGCACCUAGUACUUCCAAUGUCCAGCCAAGAAGUGCACCUAGUACUUCCAAUGUCCAGCCAAGAAGUGCACCUAGUACUUCCAAUGUCCAGCCAAGAAGUGCACCUAGUACUUCCAACGGCUUUACGGUACAGCAUCUGCCUUCACCACCUCCCACAGAAAGUGAACAAGAACCGGAAAUAGCUAUGCCUACCACUAGCAUGGUUAGAGGCACCUCACCUUCUGAAGAAAACGCCAUGAACAGAGAUACAUUUACCAAUCAGACAGCUGUUACCACAGAGCUGAACGACGCAUUUAGACCAUACAAAAACCCAACACCACAAUUCCUAAAAGAGCUCUUAGGUCAAUUAUUCUGUAGUAACGCUGAAAUACAACUCCAGGCUCAUAAAAAUUUGAUUUUUUGGUUGGAACAUUAUCCACCAGUGGAUGAAGAGUCGUGUCAAGUUUAUUCUGAAGCUUUUAAUUUAAACUCUGAUGAUUUUUAUAUUAAUGAUGUUUUCAAAUCUUCUAUGGAAAGCUCAGACAGUUCUAUUGCUGCUAUGGUGUUUGAAUUUCUAGCAUUCAUGUUUGAAAAAAACUUCGAAUCAUGCUUCGAAUAUCAUGAAAUUCCAGGAUAUAUGAUCGUAAAUCGGCACCAUGACAGACCUCAAUUUAAUUUCCACUACAUAUUAUCAGGUCAUCUGUCACAGAUUCUGGAUAUUGUAGCUUCCAAUCUAGAGACCAAUCUACCCUACCUACGUGUGUCAUAUGCCCGUUGUCGUAUAAUAAUUCUGACGUCUGGUGAUUUAGGAAGUAACAUCAACGAGGGCAUGUACGAUGCCGAUUACAUUUUUAGUCUUGCUCAAGAGUUAGCUAGUAUUAUAAAUUCUCUUUUUAAAAACCUUGAGUAUGAGUUGAUCGCCUCAGUGCUACAUAGUGUUAAAGUGGUUUGGCUGAAAGCUUUGGUUGUGGCCCUUGUGUUAUUGUCACAUCACAACGACCAAUCCGAUGAGAGAUUUUGGGAUACGACAUCACUAGACUCAAUCGUCGCAAGUCUCUUAAAACCCCCCAUAGACUAUCCAAGUACGCCUUUACAUAGUACUUCUAAUGUCCAGCCAACACGUGUACUUAGUGCUUCUAAUAACCUCCCAAUAAAUGAACCUAGCACUUCUAAUAACCUCCCAAGAAAUGAACCUAGUACCUCUAAUAACCAGCCAAGAAGUGCCGGUCUGAAUGCGAGGGGUCUUAACCUAAUGAAAAGAAAUCACAAAGGAGAGACCAUACUUCAUACCACCUGUAUAAAGAACGAUGUGGAAACUUUAAGACAGCUGCUUGCUAUGCCCAACAUUAAUGUCAACGUGACAGAUCACAACGGCUGGACACCACUACACGAGGCUUGCAACCACGGUUUCUAUGAAUGUGUUGAACUACUACUGCAGUCUCCUGGGAUAGACAUACAUGCACUGUCAAAUGAAGGCAUUACACCGUUAAUUGAUGCAGUUAAUAAUGGACAUAUUGAUGUAUGUAGGCUUUUAAUGAGGUAUGGAGGUCGACAACUACUUGAGGAUAGAAAUAGCAGAGGUUUCACUGCUUUGGAUAUAGCACUAUCUGAAAGCAACACUGAGAUUGUAUCUGUUUUAUCAAGUUAUUUUGAAGACAACAUUCUUAUCAAGAUUUUUGAACUACUUGAAAAACACUUGAAAAAAAUAACAACCCCUUCCGAAUAUGAAAUUUUGAAAGCCAACUUAGAAACAACUAAACCAAAAUUCUUAGUUCCAUAAACAAUGAAAACCAAAACGCAAUUUAAAAAUUGGGAAGAAAACAAGAAAACAAACAAUGAGCAAAAGUGAGCUCCUUACAUUAUCUUCGUUUACUUAUCACUGAAGUAGACAUCUAAAAAUAGUGUUGUUAGUUUGUACCAAACACACUAAGCGGCACUCAGAGGAAUAUUCUAAUGGGUUUCAUGUGUACACAUUUUCUCUAUCUUCCAAUAGAAAUAAUUGCUGUAAAAACUGGCUUAUAAAAUAUUGACACAUGCUUCUGUAAUUACUGACCCUAAUGGUGACAACAAAUGAUUUGAAAGUCAUAUAAAAGUAAAGUACACUAACUAAUAUGACACCACUGCUCAUAAAAUGGUGGUAUGUAGAAACGUCCAUCCCCUUAAUUUUCAAACCAACUGAAAUUCAUACGCAAACAAACUACAGUAGAUCAUGAAAGGGAAAAUACAUAUGGACAUCAAGCACAUGAGUAGAAUAGACUUCCUGUGUUAGAAACUAUUAUACCAGUAGACGCAUAGACGCAUUUCAAGAGUGCCUUGUGAAAUGAAGACCACUUAUGAGGAAUGAUUAACCUAUUGAACGACCAAUGUAUUAAUGUUUCAUUGUCUUUGAGACAAUGCAUGGAAAUAAGUCAUUUAAUUAAGUGGACUUUUGAAUUGAA